UGAGUAUCGACUCCGGAGGCUGCACAAGGCCGGAGGGCUGCACCGGAGGCUGCAUAGGAAGGCUAGAUCUAGUUUACAUCCAACAUGCAAAUUUCCUAUCAGCAAGGUCCGACCCGCUGGCUACGUCACUAAGCUCACGGCACAAGCAACACCACUAUUACUAAUUAGGGAUAGUGUUUAGCCGGGCUAGACUCUAUCACCAGUUAGGAAGUUUAUUUGAACGCUCUCGUUGCGCACGUCUUGCUAAUGCUCUCACCACUAGAAGUGAUCACCAACUCGUGCACGGCCACCAGCUAAUGCACGGUUACCGAGCGCCACCACCACCAUCUUCAAAAAUUCACAGCUUCAUCAAUUUUCUACCAAAUUGCUUCAAACAUGGAUCAAAUGGAAGUCGCGAUCGCGGAGCUUCGUAUCUGCGAGGGCAAGAACAUCGCAAAGGUUGCUAGGGGACACGGGAUUAUCCGGAGUACCCUUUCUCGCCGCUACCAUGGAAAGACAGUAUCUCGAUCGGAUGCGCACGAAAAUCAACGAAACCUCGACGCUGCGCAAUCGGCUGCGCUUCUUAGCUAUAUUAAAAGCCUUACAGAGAGAGGAUUGCCUCCUACCAUUGAAAUGCUAAGGAAUAUAGCCGCCGAGAUUAUAGGCUAUAUGCUAGGCAAGAAUUAGGCUACUAGGUGGAUUUCAACGCAUAGUAUAGUGCUUAAUUCUAGGUAUCUUUUAACGCU